AUGCCGUGUAUGCUUGAUUACUUUCCCAUGGAAGUUUUACAUAUGGUAUUUGAUUAUUUAAAACCAAAUGAUCUUCUACAUGGAUUCAUUGAAAUAAAUUCCUAUAUUGAUACAAUACUUCAUUCAUAUUCUCGUAUUCGACUCAAUUUUAAAUCAAUGAAUAAAUCAACAUUUUAUUAUAUAUGUGAACAUAUCUAUCCUAAUCAAAUUCAAUCUCUUGUUCUUGCUGAUGAUGAACAUACACCAGGUCAAAUAAAAUUGUUCAUGUCUCUUUUACCACUUAUUCAAUUUAUUAAUCUUCAAUCAAUAAAUAUAAUUCAAAUUGAUAAUGCUAAUUUACUUUGCUUAAUGUUAUCACAUCUUGAAAAUCAUCCUCAAAUUCAAUCAUUAAUUGUAUAUAAUUAUCAUAUAGAAAUAAGUAAAAAAUAUUCUCGUUCUAUUACUGAAACAUUGGCAAGUUUACCUUCUUUGAAAUAUUUGACAUUUAUGAAGAGUUCAACAUUAACAACUCUUAAACAACCAUUAUUAAAACUCACUCAUUUGACUAUUCGUUCUUGUAGAUUCAAUGACCUAAAGAUUAUUUUUCAAUGGGUACCAAAUCUAUUGUACCUUAAGAUAUUAGUAUCAUACGAUGCAGGUGCAUUCAUAUUUGAUUAUAUUCCAUCAAAUUUAAAUUCUUUGAUUAUCGAGUCAAAACAUUGGACAUCAUUUAAUCAAGUUGAAAAUUUCUUGUCACUUACUAAAUCAUUGAAACGUUUCAUAUUUGAAACAUCAGGUGAAUUAGCUUUGCUUGAUGGAAGACGAUGGGAAAUAUUAAUUAAAACAAAAUUACCAUAUCUAACUGAAUUUGCAUUGAAUAUAACACCUGAAGAAAAUAAUAUGACUGGUGAUGAUGUACUUAUACCAUUUCAAAAUUCAUUUUGGACAAAUGAAAAACAUUGGCACAUGGCUUGUUUAAUCUCAACUUCGACUCAAUCAUGUGCAAGACUAUUCUCUGUGCCUUAUUUUUCUCCAACUGAUCAAUUGUAUCCACUAGGUGAAGGUUUUAUUAAUUAUUCAAUAACUUCUUAUUCAUUUGAUGAUAAUUGUACACAAUUACGAAUAUGGGAUUGUCCUUCACCAGUUCUCGUUUCAUCACCCUUCAAACAUGUCCAAACUUUAUCGCUCGAAUGUAACAUUGAUAACGUUGAUCAAUUGACAAAAUUUAUCAAUUUAUUAUCUGUUCAUCAUCUAACAUUGAGAUCUUCAAUACAACCUAAGCCAUUUAAUGAUCUUUUACAAGUAGCAUCAAACAUUUAUCAAUUAACUAUUCAUCGUAGAACAUUAAUGCAAAUUAUCAAUUCGUUUUCAGAUGAGCUAAAUAAAUAUGAACAAAUAAAACAUUUAUAUGUGGAAGAUACCAUACUUAGUAAUGAUAUUGAUCAAAUCUGUCAGACAUUUCCAAAAUUAGAAUAUGUUUCUUUCUUUGUAAAAGAUCUUAAUCCAAAUCAUUUUCCAGCACUUUUAAUUGUUUACAUAUUGGUAUUAUUUAGUCUUUAUAUAAUUUCAAAUCUUGAUUAUUUUUUAUAUCGACGAAAAAAUUCAUCAAACACACCACCAUCAUUAACAAAUCGUGCAAUUACGUAA